AUGGCUCUCAGCUUCUUCAGCAGCGGCGGAAGCUCAAGUAGCGCCAAGUACUUCGACAUUAGAUUGAACGAUGAAUAUAUUGUGUUUCGCGGUGGUGAACAUGAGGCCGCCAGCGCCCACCUGCGGGGCACUCUGAUUCUCUGCUUAUCAGAGCCCUUGACCAUUAAACACCUCCGACUGCAGCUGACGGGCAUGUCUCGCGUGUGUUGGCAACUACCAUCGACCUCCGCCUCCGGGGGGCGCAAAUCGUGGCGGGAGCGGGUCUUCUACGAUAAGACAUGGCGAUUCCGGGACCCGGGUAAGGGAAAAACCGAGAUUCUUCCGGCGGGCAACUAUGAGUACCCCUUCGAUGUCGUCUUAGAGGGCUCGAUGCCUGAGAGCGUGGAGGGGUUGUCCGAGACAUGGGUGAUGUAUCGCUUCAAGGCCGAGAUCGGUCGCAAAUACGCCAAAGACAUUGUCGCCCGCAAACCCCUCCGAAUUAUCCGCACUCUGGAUCCCAGCGCCCUCGAGCUCUCACAUGCAAUGUCGGUGGACAACAUCUGGCCAAACAAGAUCGAAUAUUCCAUCAGCACUCCGACCAAAGCCAUCGUGUUUGGCACGGCCAUCCAUGUCGAUUUCAAAUUGAUUCCGCUCUUGAAGGGCCUUCGAAUCGGUACAAUUACGUCACAAUUGAUCGAAAGUCAUGAUCUCACCUUGAAUCCCGAAGACCCUGAUUCUAUUCGCAAUACAUAUAAAAUUACCCGGACAAUUCUGACCGACGAACAUGAGAUGGAUGAGGACAGCUUCGAAAUCAUCGAUGAAGCCGCGGAGGGGUACCAUUGCGCGCGUGUGCUCGACAUGCCACAAACCUUGACCCGCUGUCUGCAGGAUACGGACACCAAGGGCAUCAAAGUGCGCCACAAGCUCAAGUUCCGCAUUCAGCUGCACAACCCGGAUGGACACGUUAGCGAGCUCCGCGCGACGCUUCCCGUCUCUAUUUUCAUCUCACCACAUCUCGCUAUUGACGAAAACAACAAUCUCCUAGGGCAAACACCCCAAUCGACCCGGAUGGCAGUGGAUGAUUUCGCUCACCAGGCCCCUCCCCUCUACGGCGAGCACACUUUCGAUCAGUUAUAUAGUGAACUGGACCCCAGUGGCUAUCGUACACCAGGCCCCGGCAGUGGUCCGGGCACUCCGUUCGGCCCUCUCAGUCGCAACAUGUCGUCUGAGAACCUUGCCUCUAUGAACGCCUUGACCAACACUGAUAUCUCGGCAUCGGCGCUGCACCACCGUCUCACCAAUUUAAAUGCCAGCACGCGACACCACCCCGCUACCCCCAGUGCAGUGACACCGGGUGUGAUGACCCCCAGCGAAGGAUUCCAUGGAUCCCAAUCCCCAAUUGACAACCACCCCAUCCACCGUCAACUUAAUGUCCCGAAUGAUUACUUCGGACCCUCCUCUGGAUCCAACUCGCACAGUCAUGGCAGUCCGGAAUUGUCGCGCCGACCCUCCGAUGAAGUGGACCACGAAGCCCUCCCCUCAGGCAUGGCCACUCCCUUCCACCCUCAGUAUGCCGAGGUGGAAACCCUCAGCCGGGUACCCAGCUACUCAACCGCCGUGCGCUGUGCGGUUCGACCUCGUGAUUCGGGUCUCCCAGACUAUAACGCCGUGAUCGCCAGCAGCUUGCCCACGAUCUCCGUUCCCCAGUCGCCCCAACAGGCCUACCUUCGCAGUGGUCGAACAAGUGGCAUAGCGACUCCCUUAGAGGUGCAGAACCGCCCCGGAUAUUUCCACUCCCACGGCACCCAUGCUGACGACGAGGAUCGCAGACUUAGACUCGAACAAGCGCGCGCCCGAGCAUGA